AUGACGACCUAUACGACCAUGCUGAUGUCCCAAAUUGAACGGGGACCAUCCCAAAGCAACAAUGAUAAGAAAAUGAAGAUGUAUGACGACUUGUAUGACCUCAUGGAAAAAUAUGAGAAGAUGGCAAGGGUCAUUUCACCCUUCUCGCAGGAGAAAGAGAGCGUAGUGAAAAUGAAACGGUACAAGAUCAUAGAAGAAGACAUUGAGAAACUUCUUGAUCAUCUUGUAUUCAAGCUUGAGUUCAACGGUACAGAAAUUGGUACUCAAGGCCUGGAGAAACUGGAGGGUCAGAUGUGGAUGGCCGACCACAGUUCACAAUUGUGGACACUGGAGCAACUUUCCUUGGAGCUGGCUCAAGACGGGGAAAUCGAACUCAAAACAACAUUAAUAUCAAUACUUAGCAAGCUCUCUGGCUAUUCUUGGGCAGCAAAGGCGCCAGUGCUGACGUUUGCGGCAUUUGCUUUGAACUAUGGAGAUUUCUGGGAUCUUUCACAGGUGCACUCAUUGGACAGACUCGCCAACUCAGUGGGAAUCACAAAGCCUGUAACUGCCACCUUAAAUCGCCCAGACAUUCGAAACUGCAAGAAAGCAAUUGGGGAGCUUAGCAAUAUGAUCAAGGACACGCUGGAAGUAAUCGAAUGCAUUGUUGAGUUGGAAAAACUAUGUCAGUCAAAGGAUACCUAUGGCGAUUUACUUGCCUUCAAGAGUGGCGUAGACAUUAUCUCAGUGCAUGUCUAUUGGGCAAUCACAACUGUUAUAGCAUGCACAAUUCAAAUGUACUGUCUUAGUAAAGAUGAGGACAAGAUACUGGAACUAUUGCCCUUGUCUAAGAAGAUGAACGUCACUCUUAACCUGCUAAAGAUGCAAAUAGAAGAAUGCCAUCAACAAAUAGGGGAAGUGAAGGCAUAUUGGCGAAUGAAGGAAACUCCGGUAACACCUACAAAAAUGGUUGAGGCUUUCAAGGCGCUGAUUUUAUCCGAGGAGAAUCUGCAGCAGCUUAUUGAUGGCUCCACAAACAAAAUGGUUAGCUGUAAUUAG